AACAUUCCCAGUUUUCAAGGAAAAUACACCCACGUUCUCAUUAUAUCAAUAAUACAUAUAUUCUUUAUUUGUUGGUAACUGAUGGCAAAGAUGUCCAAGUCAUCGCGUAGCUUCAAGCUGCCACCAGUCAGCUCCUCUUCCGUGUCCUCGGUCUCCGGCAGCGAAUCCGGGCAAGGAUUGGAAGACAUGUUGCACGUGACAAAGGUGCGAACUUCCCAGGUGGACAACGCAGAGCUUUUCAUGUACGGCGACGGGCCCAAAAAAUCGAAUUCAGAUCUGCAGAAAAAGGUCAGUACACCCGAUCCGGAAGAGGAGGUGUCAAUGGAACCACCAUUUGUGGCAUUGGUCAGCAAUUUGCCAAUGGAGUGCACUGAAGGCGAGUUGCGGAAAGUGUUCACCAGUUUUUCGAUCCGUUCUCUAACCAUUCCGAAGAAGGGAAAGCGACCCAAGGGAUUUGCGUAUGUGGAAAUGGAUUCCCGCGAGGAUCUCGUUCGUCUGCUCAAAAUGGAUAAGCUUAAGUGCCGUGGUCGUUGUCUUAUGGCCAAAAUAGGCCAAUUGCCACCCGAACCACCGACAAAGGCAGCUGGAGAUGGCUUUUCAUUAUUUACUUGUUCAGGCAGGCAAUUUGAUAUAAACUCUAGCCAUUAUUCGGCCAGUGUCAGUGAUCUCAGCACCAUCGAUUCGCCAAUCUCUGCGAGGAACUCACCAUUUCCUUCGGAAAGUGAGUCGUCCUUUUUCGGCAGGGAUAAUCCUAUAAAAAGAAUUCCUAGUAGCACUGAGGAAGUGGAACGCCGUAUGCAAAUUCGUCUUCAGAAACUAGCCGAAUUCGAAAAUUCUGAAUCGGAGAGAAUUAAGAGUGAAUGCGAGGAUGAUCCGGAUGCCUUCAUGUCCUGGAGCGAUGCCCUAGACGAGAUUAGAAAAUCUGAAACUGAUUCCUCAAAUCAUACUGAAUCCUAGCAAUAAAAGCAUGAUAAUUGAAUGUUC